GGGAAAAGUACAGUUCUUCGUUGUCUCCCUCUCUCUGCUGUAAAGUCUCUGGCUUGAGACCAGUUGCCGAAAGCUUGAAGCUAAGAAUCUGAUUGUUGUUCGUAUUAAACGACGACGCUUUUGAAUUAUGGCGGAAUCGUCGUCUUCAUCACCUAGUGAAGAGAUCGUUCGAUUAAUCAAACGGUUAAGCGGUUACGUUGCUUUCAAGAUGUCUAGCCUCUUCUCUACACCUAUUCGCAAUCUGGAUUCGAGAUCUAUUGGUGCUAUUGCGGGGCUUGCAAUCGCUGUGAUAUUCACAUGGAGGGCCAUAAGAACACAACCAGGGGAGCCUCAAAGAAGGCGACCUAAACGCAGGUUGCAAUCAGCUGAAUCCUCUAGUGCUGCUGCUGCUUCCAUCCCUCCUGAUGUUUCUUCGCCUCAUGAGGAUAAUGGAAUGCAAGAUGUUGUUGAUCAGUUUUUUCACCCUGGAAAACCUACAUUGGGGAAGAUAGUUAGGCAGAGACUUAGUGAAGGAAGAAAGGUAACAUGCCGUCUUCUUGGAGUCAUUCUUGAGGAAUCAAGUCCUGAAGAGCUCCAAUUAAAACAAGCAACAGUGAGGUCAUCCGUUAUGGAAGUUCUCCUAGAGAUUACAAAGUGUUGUGAUUUGUAUCUCAUGGAAAGAGUUGUUGACGAUGAAAGCGAAGUCAAAGUUCUACAGGCUCUAGAGACUGCAGGCAUUUUCACAUCUGGUGGUUUGGUCAAAGAUAAGGUACUGUUUUGUAGUACAGAGAUCGGAAGAACAUCCUUUGUAAGGCAACUAGAACCUGACUGGCAUAUUGAUACAAAUCCAGAAAUCAGCACACAAUUAGCUAGGUUCAUAAAAUUUCAGCUUCACGUCUCUGCAGCGAAACCAGAGCGAACGGUUCCCAAUGUGUUCACCUCACAGUCAAUAGAACAGUUCUUUGGAUGUGCUUGAUACCCACAAACUCAAUAAUAUUCAAUUUGAUCCUGGUCUUGUUCUGACGGAAGCAAGCAGCGCAGAUGCGUAUUGAUAUUGAUGGAGUAAGGGAGUAGUGCGUGAGUUCCUAUAUGGAAGUAUCCAAGUGUGUAAUAUAUAUAUAUUAGCAACUUAGCAGAGUCUUCAGGGAAGAAACGAAGGACCUUUGUCUUGUCUACAUUGAUAUCUUGACUUUGACGCAUCAGAGGGAUCUUGUAAUGUGAAGUUGUCAUUGAUACAUUAAGAAGAUCAUUGCUCUAUAACCAACACCCACAAGAACCCAGAGUCCAACUAA